CCAAUAAUAAAUAUUCUAUUUCUCACUAUCCGUCUCGGACACCCUCUGUCAAAACAUUUUCACACUCUUUUCUCUCCACUCUAAUUUCUGCAAGAAUCUUGAUUUCAUUCUCCAAUUCGAUUUUCACCAAUCAUUUUCCAUUCUGCAUUUUGUAUUCUAUUCAGAUCCACUACUAUCAGGGAAGCAAGGGGAUUGAGAGAUCUGAUCAUGAUCUCCGAUUUGUAAAAAGAAGUUGAAGGUGGAAUAACCUACGUGAAGAGUUUCUGGUUAUAAAAUGAGAGGAAGAUCCGAUGAAGUACAAAUGAAGCGCUUAGUCACUGCUUUAGUGGGUAUAGCACUUGUCCUUGGUUUUCUGUUUGUUUACAAGGGAUCUAUUUUCAAUUCCGAAAGUAGUAGAACAUCAGCUUUAGAAUAUGGAAGCAAGUCUUUGAGAAAAUUGGGGUGGGGUGGGGAUGAAGACGCAGAUGAAACCUCCUCCAAGCUUUCCCAGGAAGAUGUAGAUGAUACUAUUAUGGUUAAAAGCUUCCCUGUAUGUGAUGAUCGACAUUCAGAAUUGAUUCCAUGUUUGGAUAGGCAUCUUAUAUAUCAACUGAGAUUAAAGUUGGAUUUGUCAUUGAUGGAACACUAUGAAAGGCAUUGCCCUCCUCAAGAAAGGCGCUACAAUUGUUUGAUACCUCCGCCACAUGGGUACAAAGUUCCGAUAAAGUGGCCUAGAAGCAGGGAUGAAGUGUGGAAAGCUAAUAUUCCCCAUACUCACCUUGCUCAUGAGAAGUCCGAUCAAAAUUGGAUGGUUGUAAAAGGUGAAAAGAUUAUAUUUCCUGGUGGAGGUACACAUUUUCAUUAUGGAGCUGAUAAGUAUAUUGCUGCAAUGGCAAAUAUGCUUAACUUUUCAGAUAAUGUCAUCAACAAUGGAGGUAGACUAAGAACUGUUCUUGAUGUGGGCUGUGGUGUUGCUAGUUUUGGUGGUUACCUUCUCACAUCCGAUGUCAUUGCUAUGUCCUUGGCGCCUAAUGAUGUUCAUCAAAACCAAAUACAGUUUGCAUUGGAAAGAGGAAUCCCUGCAUAUCUUGGUGUUCUCGGGACAAAAAGGCUACCAUAUCCUAGCAGAUCCUUUGAACUUGCGCACUGCUCCCGAUGUAGAAUUGAUUGGCUUCAAAGAGAUGGUAUACUUCUUCUUGAGUUAGAUAGGGUGCUAAGGCCUGGUGGAUAUUUUGCCUACUCUUCUCCAGAAGCAUAUGCACAGGAUGAGGAGGAUCUUAGGAUAUGGAAAGAGAUGAGUGCUCUUGUGGAGAGGAUGUGUUGGAAAAUAGCUGCAAAAAGAAAUCAAACAGUCAUUUGGGUCAAGCCUUUGAACAAUGACUGCUACAUGCAAAGGCCUCCUGGUACUCAACCUCCACUUUGCCGAUCUGAUGAUGAUCCCGAUGUUGUUUUGGGUGUGCCAAUGGAAGCAUGCAUCACGCCGUACUCUGAUCAUGACCACAAGUUUGGUGGAAGUGAAUUGACUCCUUGGCCAGCUAGAUUGACUUCUCCUCCUCCUCGGCUUGCUGAUUUUGGCUAUUCAAAUGUUAUGUUUGAGAAAGAUACUGAAAUGUGGAGACAGAGAGUUGGUAAUUACUGGAACUUAUUAAGUCCGAAGAUCCAAUCUGAUACGUUGAGGAAUGUGAUGGAUAUGAAGGCAAAUUUAGGAUCAUUUGCCGCUGCUCUGAAGGAUAAAGAUGUUUGGGUGAUGAAUGUUGUUCCAGAAGAUGGACCAAACACACUUAAACUCGUAUAUGAUCGAGGCCUCAUUGGAGCAGUUCACAAUUGGUGUGAGGCCUUCUCAACCUAUCCUCGAACUUAUGAUCUACUCCAUGCUUGGAACAUCAUCUCCGAUGUUGAGAAGAAAGGAUGUAGCCCCGAGGAUCUUCUACUCGAGAUGGAUCGAAUUCUCAGGCCUACUGGCUUUAUCAUCAUCCGAGACAAACAGUCUGUAGUAGACUUUGUAAAGAAGUAUCUGUCAGCCUUGCAUUGGGAGGCAGUUGCUACAGGUGAUGCAAGUUCCGAUUCAGAGGAUGGGGAGGAAGUUGUGUUCGUCGUUCAAAAGAAACUGUGGCUCUCGAGUCGAAACUCCAGGGAUUCAGAAUAAGUGCAGUACAACUCAUUAAGGUUUUGUUCCUCUUCGCUCGAUUAUGUUUCAUCUGUCCCGAAAUAGAGGCAAAUCAUCAGGUUCGAUUACAUCCUGUAGAGUUAACUUAAAAUUAUUCAAUUGUAUCCUUUGUUGUUUUUUUGGCUCUUAAGUUUAUAAAUGUUACCCCUUUAAGUUUUAGUAGAUUAGCUACUUCAUAUUGGUUUAUUCCUCGAUGUUGUUUUAAGGUUACUUACAAUUACAGAUAUACUUCGGCCAUUCAUUUAGACAUUGUUAUAAGACACUAUACUGCUGAAGGAAAUGUGGGAAUUUUUAUUCUUAUAUAUUUAUUUAAUAAGAAUUUUUAUUAUCUUGUACUAGCAAAUAGAAAACUGUAAAUAUUUAUUUUUAUUCCAGUUUAAAUUUGUUGCUA